AUGGCUCGGAAAACUACCACACCACAGCCGCUGACGCUUCCCAACACCAACCUCGCGGAUGAUGACCUAGACUUUGUCGGCAGCCCGAAGACUCCUCUCAGCCCAAAGUCUCCGAGGUCACCAAGAUCCCCCUUUAGGUUCAGCAGCAAGAGAACACAAAGCGAGCUUCCGUCUCUGCAAGCAGCCGAAUCGCAACCAAUCCGCGCCGCCGCCGCCCUUUCAUCCUCCCACACCACGCCUUCCUUGUCAGCAAUAUCGCAUUACUCGGCUGGAGAGGAGCAGCAGCAGCCAUAUCAACAGCAGCAGAAGCAGGAACGGCCUGCUCGGGGUGGUUUUUUCUCUAAUUACAAGGCCUCAAAAAGUUCAAGUCGUCUGCAGAACAAUCAGGAUACCACCAGCCAGCCGAACGACAGAAUGUCCAGAGACACAGACCGGCCUGCCAUGUCUGGGAGAGUUUCAUCAAAGGAGAAUACUAGAGCUGACUCCAGCCUCGAUAGGUCGAUUGCUAGACGACCUGUUGGCGGGCCAUCAAAUUCAGACGUAUCUCUCGAUUCGAACGGCGAGUCACAACCUACUACCACGAGCCCGGCUGCUACGAAAAAGAGUAAGCCGAAGCCUUUCAGUAUCUUAUCUCGAUCGAGGUCAAUACGCGACGAACAUUCACCUCGCGAACCGUCACCGACGAAUAAAUUGGGGGAAGGAGAGAAGACACCGUCACAGGCGCAAUCAGUUUCGCCAGACAACGCUGCCAAGUCAGCUCCUUUACCUAUUGAGCAAGGCGACAGGUCAUUCAGGGCAAUGAUGAACUCCACGGUACGACAGCGCUCCGAAGAUAGGCAACCUUCGCAACCUCGCGAAAGUUCGAAAACAAAGGAGGGCAGCAAGUUGCGAGAGCAGAGCAGGACACAGAUAAUGAAGGAACAGAAGGACAACGUCGGUCGAUCUCAGCCAUCCUUCUCGGGGUCCUUUCGGGAAGGUGGAGGACACACAUUUCUGAAUAAUUUGAAGAGCUCCGCUACCAAAGGUGCGGGAGCACUGAGCAAGGGCUUGUUUGGCAAGAGUGGCAGAAGUGGCAGUACGAACGAAAAGGAGCCAGUUGUGGAUGAUGAACAUUACCAGAUCAAGGUCCUCAAUCUGCCAUUAAUGGAGCAGACACGUCUAACCAGGAUUUCGAAGAAGUUGGAGGAUUCAAGAGACAAGACCGAAUUCUGGAUGCCAGCGUUCCCUUGGAGAGCAAUCGACUAUUUAAAUUAUAAGGGCAGCGACGUUGAGGGGUUGUACAGAGUUCCUGGCAGUGGUCCACAGAUCAAGAAAUGGCAGAGAAGAUUCGACGAGGAAUACGAUAUCGACCUUUUCGAACAAGAUGAACUCUACGACAUUAACAUUAUUGGCUCUAUGCUCAAAGCUUGGCUGCGCGAGUUACCAGACGAAUUAUUCCCCAAGACAUCCCAGGAUCGGAUCGCCCGCGAAGCUGGAGGACAGGAGGAAGUUCCACAACUGUUGAUUGACGAGCUCUCGAAUUUGUCACCUUUCAACUACUACCUACUAUUUGCUAUCACCUGCCACCUUUCACUUCUCCUCGCCCACUCCGACAAGAACAAGAUGGACUACCGAAAUCUUUGUAUCUGCUUCCAACCUUGCAUGAAGAUUGACGCUUACUGUUUCAAAUUUUUGGUUUGCAAUUGGAGAGAAUGCUGGAAGGGUUGCAAGACGGAGCAAUACUACGUGGAGCAGGAGUAUAUGUUAUUCGACAUGAUCACCCCUUCUAGUGCUGAAGGUCGAAGCAGCACCGCUGUUGAGAGCCACGAUGAGCGCAACGUUUCAAGCUCAGACAGCAGCAAGCCAAGCAGUGUUAGUAUUGAUCAAGCCAGCAAGACUGCAGGAAGCCAGAACAAGAAGGUUGCCGUGAGCCAAUCCCAAACCAGCAGUGCCAGCACUGUCAACACCACUUUGACGGUUGUUCAAGAACGUACGCCACCGAGAAGUAAUGAGAUGCGACCUCUCAGUCCUAUCAAGCCUUUGAGCCCAAUUGGAUUCUAG